AACUGACUGCUGUCUCUCAGAAGACAACUGUCCCCUUCAAUUUGACCAAGGAUCAUCCUAUACGUGAGGUCGAAACAUAAUGGCUGAGGCUAGAGGAAAAGCGUGGCCCCUUGCUGAAGCGGAACUGACGAACCAGAUCCUUGAUCUGGUACAACAGGCCUCCCAAUACAAGCAAUUGAAGAAGGGGGCUAACGAAGCCACCAAGACCCUCAAUCGCGGUAUUGCGGAGUUUAUCAUCCUAACCGCCGACACUGAGCCCCUAGAAAUCCUGCUUCACCUUCCAUUACUGUGUGAAGAGAAGAACGUUCCGUAUGUGUUUGUGCCCUCGAAGACAGCCCUUGGUCGGGCCUGCGGUGUCUCCAGGCCGGUCAUUGCCGCGAGCGUCACCACUAAUGAGUCCAGGGAGCUCCAAAGCCAGAUUCAGACGGUUAAGAACGCCAUCGAGAAGCUUAUAGUCUAAAGUCAUGUAUUGGUUCUGGCUCCCAUGAAGCGAGUGCUCAUUCUUGAUCGCUUACUCGAAGGAAGUUCAAGUUACCCGG